AUGGAAAACCGAGCCAACAGCCACAAGCGAUCCAAGUCGUCACGCUUGCUCGGCGCGUUACGUGGCAGUAGCCCCUCCAAGGAUAGUGCUUCUGACAUCGAUUCGCCUACAGACUCUACUGCCUACGAAUCACACAGAUUAACUCCUACCUCCACUAAUAUCACUAUGGCCUCGAGCAGUCCGGUCGAUCGCAGCAGCGACCAGCAAGCCGCCUUUGAGAGCCAAAAGCCUAUAUCCGCAGGUCUCAGUACCACUCCUUCUAUAGAAGAUUCCGUGCGGACAUUCAAAGUCUACGAAGCGCUCAGAAGCAAAGAUUCAGCGACCGUCGCGAAAGCCAUACAGGAUUCUUCUCCUUCCUCCUCGAAUCCGCAACCUGUCCCGGGAACAACCAUCCUACAUUUAGCCAUACAAUGUGCCGAGCCUCAGGUUGUGGACAGGGUAAUCGACGAAACAAAAGAAUUGGACGUAAAUGCCCAGGAUCGUGAUGGCAAUACACCUCUUCAUUUGGCUGCGCAGUUGGGAAGAGCUUCAGUGGUCAAUAAAUUACUAGAACAAAAAGGCAUCAACGACGCGAUCAGCAACAGAACUGGCAAGAUUCCUCUGGAUUUGGCACGGACACCGGAGAUCUUCAGUCAGCUGCAGCUUUUCAGAUCUUUGUUCAUCGAGUCAAGGGUCAAGCAAAUGCAUGACGCGGUUCGGAAGCAGAACUACAAAGAACUGGAACGAAUCCUGACCGAUACACGAACUGAGGCUAGCCUAGACGUCAACGCACUCGAGCUCGCGACCGAUCGGGACACAAUUGCCAGUGGUGGCACACUUCUGCACGAAGCUGCUCGGAACAAGGAUCUACAGCUGGCUCAACUCCUAUUACUGCACGGCGCAGACCCGUUCAGGCGAGACAGGAAGGGCAAGCUACCACAAGAUGUCACGAAAGAUGAGAGAACUAAAGCCAUCCUCAAGAAGUCUCCGGCUGCUGCCGCUGCGCAAAGAGGUGUACAGGAGAAGGCCAUCCUCGGCAGCAGUCCGAGUGCCCUGCAGGAUAAAGAGUCGAGCAAAGAUUCUCGUGAAAUGAAGGGCUAUCUCAAGAAAUGGACAAACUAUACUGGUGGUUACAAGUUGAGGUGGUUCGUGCUUGAAGAUGGAGUCCUGAGCUAUUACAAGCAUCAGGACGAUGCUGGUUCUGCUUGUCGCGGAGCUAUUAACAUGCGAAUCGCUACUUUACACAUGGAUGCACAAGACAAGACCCGAUUUGAGAUUCAGGGAAAGUCUUCUGUCAAGUACCACCUAAAGGCAAACCACGUGGUCGAAGCCAAGAGGUGGUUCUGGGCACUGAACAAUGCCAUUCAAUAUACUAAAGACGAGGCUAAGGAGGAAAGAAAAACGUUGGAUACCGAUACAGAGAGUAUCCGUAGCAGGCAACCUCAGAUCGCUCUUGCUGUACCUGCAUCCUCAUCCAGAGUCAGCUUCAGGUCGAAGGAAGGGGCUGAUGCCCCAGCUUACGACAACCUCAGUGACGCAGGCGACGAUUUGCAACGCAUCGCCACACAUGCCACGGCCACGGCUGAAGGUGAAGAGGACUACGAUGGUGACGGUGCGAGCAGCUAUGAAGGUCACCAACGCCCUGGUCAAGAAGCUAGAGACUCCUUCGCCAUCACCGCACAAUCUGCAAAGUUGCAAUUAGAUCUCCUUGGUAGAGUCGCAGGUGCUCUCAACUCACGUCAGACCCUAAAGCCCGAUACUCUGAUCUCGGAUCCAGACGUGGUGUCAGCAUUUAAUACCUACGAAACAGCAGUUUCGAGUCUCAAUUCCCUUGUCGCAGACCUCUUGAAGAUCGCAAAGGACAGGGAAGCCCAUUGGCAAUACAGGUUAGAACGAGAUGCUGAUGCAAGAAAGAUGUGGGAGGAAAGUAUGGCUGCUAUUGCCUAUGAGCACGAAGACCUCAAGAAAUCCAUUGCAGUUUCAGAAGACAAACGUAAGAGGACAAAGCGUGCUCUCAAGGAAGCCCUUGAGGGGCAGCCUGGUGUCGCAGCAGAACUACAGGACGAGCCUCAAGCUUUGCCGGCAGAAUCUCAAGCUGUCUCAUUCGCGGAUGCUCGACAGGAGAUCAACCAAUUCAGUCGCAGGAGAUCUUCCACCUUCCGACCUGGUGGCAGACGCAAGUCAGUGAUUGCACAAUACACAAACGUCAGCGACUCCGAAUCUGGCGAUGACGACGAGUUCUUUGACGCCAUCGACGCUGGAGAAAUAGAAGUGGUCUCACCAGAGCUCAUGUCUCCACCUCCAAUCGAGGCUCCCAAGGCUGUCGAGGUCAAUCCUAUGGAUAGCGUUGUCGACGAGAAGCUCGAUCCUAGAACUACCAAACAGAGAGAGAUUGAACCAUCAUACAAAGGAUACGAGGCCGGUGUGAGAAAGAGACUCAAGCUUGAUGCUGAUAACAGACCGAAAAUAUCACUAUGGGGUAUUCUGAAAUCUAUGAUUGGCAAGGACAUGACUAAGAUGACUCUGCCCGUGUCUUUCAAUGAACCCACCUCACUCCUAUAUCGUGUUGCGGAAGAUAUGGAGUAUGCUGAUUUACUCGACAUUGCAGCUGAUCGCACCAACUCGCUCGAAAGAUUGGCUUAUGUUGCAGGCUUCGCCGCAUCCGAGUAUGCCAGCACGAUCGGUCGUGUUGCAAAACCAUUCAACCCGCUUCUGGGAGAGACUUUCGAAUAUGUACGACCAGACAAAGGCUACCGCUUCUUCAUCGAACAGGUCAGCCACCAUCCUCCUGUUGGUGCUGCGUAUGCUGAGAGUGCUCGAUGGGAGUACUAUGGUGAGAGUGCUGUCAAGACCAAGUUUCAAGGAAAGUCCUUCGAUGCCAAUCCACUAGGUACUUGGUUCCUAAAACUGAGGUUGCAAGAUGGAAAAGAAGAGCUCUACACUUGGAAGAAAGUUACGACUACUGUUAUCGGCAUCAUUACUGGCAAUCCUACAGUAGACAACUACGGUCCCAUGCAAAUCAAGAAUUGGAUGACUGGCGAAGCCUGCCUUCUCGACUUCAGAGCCCGAGGCUGGCGAGAGAGUUCGGCCUACCACGUCGUUGGUAAAGUCACGGACAAGAGUGGAGUAACCAAGUGGUCAAUCGGCGGUCGCUGGAACGACAAAAUAUACGCUCGGAUCACCGAAGGUUUUGAAGACGAAGCUAUUGGCGAGGGCAAAACCAAAGCAGGUGCUAAUCAAGCCAUUCUUCUCUGGCAAGCCGGUGAACGUCCAGCUGGUAUUCCAUUCAACUUGACGCCCUUCGCAGUCACAUUCAACGACGACAACCCAACCCUAAAAACCUGGCUCGCACCUACAGACUCACGUCUACGACCAGACCAACGCGCAAUGGAAGAUGGUCAAUAUGACAAGGCAGCAGAGGAGAAGAAUCGUGUUGAAGAGAAGCAAAGAGCUGCAAGACGCAUGCGCGAAGCCGCAGGCGAGGAGUGGAAGCCGAAGUUCUUCUCGCAGCAAAAGCAUCCUGUUACUGGGGAGUCAUACUGGCAGUUCAAUGGCGAUUACUGGAAGAGGAGACAGAAUCACGAUUGGAGUAUCAGUGACGAGAUCUUCUGA